AUAGGGUUGUCGCUGUUGGAGCCGAAGUUAAACGAUGAGGGACUACUGCAGAGACCAGGUGCUGCACUUUAGCCUGCGCUGCUAUCAGCUGAUGGGCAUGCACGGACUGCCCUUACCAUGCGACGCGCAUCCACGGAGAAAGGCAAGGCUACUACAUGUCUGGGCCGGGUGCAUUCUGAUGGGAUUAAGUGGAGUGUCCUAUAUGUGCUUGACCAGCGACGAUGACUUCCUCUACAAAGGUGACGAUUUCAGUUGCUUUAAUGAUGCUAUGAAGUUUGGCUUUGCCGAAAUGGCCAUACUAAGCAUCUACUGGGAGACACUAUCAUCGCAACGAGUUCACCUGGCGCGCUUUUGGCAUUUGUAUGAAGUUCUGGCAGCGACACAUUCUGCAACGACAACGCCAUCAGGUCUAACCUUGUGGCAACAGCUGGUACAACACUGGCGCUUCCUCCUCAUAUUCUAUGGGACGUUCAUGCUGGAGCUAGCGCUCUUGUGUGCUUAUGUGGCACUGCAGGAGGGCUCCCGACAUCUUGUUCUCUUCUGGAUCACCUUUCAGCCGUUCAUCUUGGUGGUGCACCUGCGCAACACACAGUUCGUGCUACACAUGGAUCUGUUGCGCCAGAAACUCUUGCAGUUGGAGCGUGAGCUGAUUUUACUUGUCGAAUACUCGAGCUUUGCCAACGGCUCAGCCAGCUUUUUCGAUUUCGAUAAAUAUCUAAGGCGUCGUGUGCACGAAAUGCAGAUGAUUUACGCGCGCAUCCACGAGCUGUGUACCUGCUUCAGAAGAGGGUUCAGCUACUCCAUGCUUACCGUGCUGCUUAUGAUUUACAUUCGCAUCACAGUCGAUAGUUAUUUUUUCUUGUAUACCAAGCUUAGCAACAUUACCAACUUGGACUACUACCUAUUGUUGCCAGCAGUCCUGCAUAUACCCGCCUUUCUCUACACCUCCCAAAGCUUCAUGCAAAUAGUGCCUCGGACCGCCUACCAACUGCAUAAUAUUGUGAUUAGCUGUUCGCCGGUUUCCCUGCAGAUCCAGAACUUUUCGCUAGAAAUUCUGCAUGAACAGAUGCGCAUUGAUUGUAUGGGCAUAGUUAUUUUAGACAAUCAUCUGCUGACACAGGUAAGCGUUUCGGCAGCAACGGCCAAAACUCAUUCAAGCCCAACGAUUCUAGAUAGCCUACGCCGUGUGUACUUACAUGAUCUUUACCGUACAGCUGAUGCCUAAAUUGAAUGGGGCCUAUUUAUAGUUAGAGUCGUCUACUUUAUAUUAUAUUAAAGCUUUAUGUAUCUAUCGUAUAUUUCAUAAAAUU